AUGCUCCUUCUAAGCUUAUUGACAAGCCUUGCCUGUUUCGGAGUUACCGUAUCAGCAGUUACCGCCAGGAACGAUGAUGUGACUGAUUCUCAUCAUUAUCAAAACGUCAUAUACUGGGGGCAGAACGGAGGAUCUGCUGUUGAAAACAAUGAUCUAUCAGUUUACUGUGCACCAUCCGCCGGUAUUGACAUCGUAGUAUUAGCAUUCCUAUAUGGAUUUGGCAAUGGUAACACAAUUGCCUCGGGUACCAUUGGACAGUCAUGCUCAAUUUCCGCAUCUGGUGGUUCUUUUCAAUGCGAAAAUAUAGCAACUGCAAUCAAGCAAUGCCAGUCAAACGGCGUCAAAGUCAUUUUGUCGCUUGGUGGCGCGGUUGGAGCAUACUCACUCUCAUCUCAGCGGGAGGCUGAAGCUAUCGGUCAAUAUCUUUGGGAUGCAUAUGGCAACGCGGAAAGUGUUACGGUCCAUCGGCCCUUUGGUACCACAUUUGUUAACGGCUGGGACUUCAAUAUCGAGGUCUCCGGUGGUAACCAGUACUACCAAUAUCUUAUCAACAAAUUGCGCUCUAACUUUGAUUCCGACCAUUCCAAUAUUUAUUACAUUACGGGGGCGCCACAAUGUCCUAUUCCGGAGCCUAAUAUGCAACUGGCGAUCACAAAUACAAAAUUCGACUAUCUUUGGGUCCAGUUCUACAAUAACCCGAGCUGCUCGGUUAAUGGGCCCAUCAAUUUCGAUGCCUGGGUAGCGAACGUCGCCGGGACACCAUCUGCCAAUGCUAAAAUUUUCAUCGGUUUACCGGCUGCCCCUUUUGCAGCAACGGGGACCUCCAGCGGCGCUCAAUAUUAUCUAGAGCCAGAUGCGCUGGCAACCUUAAUCUGUGGUCAUAUCAGUGAGGCCGCGUUUGGUGGAAUUAUGAUGUGGUCCGCCGGAUUUUCUGACUCCAAUAUCGGCAAUGGAUGUAACUAUGCUCAACAAGCCCGAAAUAUCCUCGAUACGGGAUCCCCAUGCUAG